CUUGGCCCCGUUCGGGAAGCCACACUCCACUACGGCACGGCAGCAGCAACAGGAGUGGCAGCCUGCCACCGGCGUCCGGCGCCAACGGCAGAUCGACCCCCGCUCUGGACGGCGCUGCUCUCCCUGGACCGAUGGCAGCAGAGAACAAACUGCACUCGCAGCCACCGCCGUGGUGGUCAGCCCUCCCGCUGGACCUGGCAGGCCUGGUGCUCAGCCUGCUCCCUGCGUACGCCGACCGCGCCCGCUUCGCCGCAGUGUGCCUGCAGUGGCGUGCCGCCGCGAGGCAGAAGCUCCAGACCACAACACUACCCCUGCUCGCGCUGCCCGACGGCACCUUCUACAGCCUCCCCUAUGACAAGCCCUUCUGCUUUCCAGGGUGCGGCUUCGCUGGGUACAAGAGCGUCUGUGGCAGCUGGCUUGUCUUCCCCCGUGACGAUGGGUGCUUCCUUGUCAAUCCCUUCUCCAGGGCGGUCGUGACGCUCCCUCCUCUCUCGAGCGUCCGACUCCGGCCUCCAAAUGCAGUCGCUAAAUGGUCACUCGACGAGCAUGGGUCAAAAUUUGCAGACCCUUACAAUACAUGGAUGCAUAUCAAGAAGUCAAAGAAGCUGCACGUAAUUAAGCUAAUCCUGUGCUCGUCAAACCUUGUUGCCGCAUUGGUCGGCGUUGAGCACACCAGUCAGAUCCUAAUCUGCCAGCCAGGGGCCUUGUCGUGGUCGGUACGCGCGUGUGAUGAAUGUAAGGAUUUUGAAGACAUGGCAUUCUACCAGGGCAAGCUCUAUGCCCUUGACGAUGACGAGAACCUCCUUGUGGUGAACAUCAGCAACGACCAAAGCACCGGCAAUCCGCAGGUUUCUCGGAUUGGAAGGGUCAUCGAGGGCAAGGCGGAUUUCAGGUUAUACCAUGUUGGGACUGAAGAGAACGGUUUGCCCGUGAAGAAGCUCUAUCUGGUUGAAUCGCGUGGCAUGUUGCUGAUGGUACGCAGGAAUAUUUGGUGCCAGGUUCCUGAAGUUAGACCUGGAGGGCCUCGUAAAUUUAUUGCUGGACGAAGCGAGUUUGAGGUAUUCGAGGCUGACUUUGAGCACUCGCAAUGGAUCAAGGUGUCAACCAUGGGGGAUGACCAGGUGCUGUUUCCGGGUCGAAGGUGCUCCAGGGCUGUGGCCGUGUCUCGGUACGGGUUGUUGGGCAAUCGCAUCUUCUUCUUGGACGACGAUGACGAGUAUCGUGUGGAUUACCAUUACGCCGAGGAGAACACAUCAUGCAGUGCCUAUGACAUGCAACUCGGCGACAUCUCUUCCCCUCAUCCAAUUAUUUCCUGGAAGCGCCACAAGGAGAUGCGUCUGGCAGCAUGGCUAUUCCCCCAGGACUGAAUUGAAGGUGUUAUAUUGUUGUUGGGUUGUUGCUAUAUAAGAUAUGCUUUAGCAAAACUGAUGUUUAUUUUGCAAGCUGCUCACAGGUUAAUCCAUCUGACUGUGGUACGUACGGCGGUUGAUUAUGGUGUUCGGUGGUCCCAUGCAAGCCGCGAAAUGCGUUGGUAUUUGACUUGCUUAUGCCGUUAGUUGCGGCCAUGUAUCAUUAAUUUGCCUGAACUUAAUAUGGUGGUUACUAUGGAAGCUAACUGCAUCAGUUUUCAAAUA